GGGAUCCGUUUUCGAGAUUUCCGUCAUGUAGAUUUGGAUAUUUCCCUCGUCCAAUACGGUUCCGAGAGAAGGUAACUGUUGCUUCUGUCGCGGAAGAGUGGGAGCGGAUUUUAUCGAUUUCUUUGACCUGUUGAAUGCUUUUUACCGCUAAUGAGCUCAGAAUCUCUCCUGUCCCAGCACGAGGAACAAUCUGUUGGGCUGCUAAGCGAGAUGGAGGCAAGGGCGGAACACCAAAGGACGAAGCAUUACCAGUCGCUGUACUCCUUCACCACCUCUGUAGGAGUGGGUUUAAUAAUUUUAGUGCUGUUCUGGAUCUUGCACUUUCGGGGCGGUUUCGCAUGGCAGUCUAACCCCAAGCAAGAGUUUUACUGGCACCCUUUCUUAAUGGUACUGGGAAUGGUUUUUCUUUAUUCGCAAUCCAUUCUGGUGUACAGGACCUUCCGCCAUGUCCCGAAAAUGAGGCUGAAGAUCCUCCACGCGAGCCUCCAUUGCCUGGCCUUCAUCCUGUCCGUGGUGGGGCUGAAAGCCGUCUUCGAUUCCCACAAUUUGUUGGACAAGCCGAUGCCUAACCUCUACACUUUGCAUUCCUGGAUCGGCUUGAUAACGGUCAUCAUUUUCGCUGCCCAGUUCUUGUUCGGAUUCGUGAGCUUCCUCUACCCGGGACUGUCGAAGACGGUGCGUCAGGCUUUCCUGCCCGUCCACACCGCCGUCGGCACGGGAGGUUUCGUGCUGGCCAUCGCAACCACCGUGACUGGCAUAACCGAGAAGGUCAUUUGGACACUGAGCGACGACUACUCAAAGUUCAUUUCUGAGGGCGUCGUCUUCAACUUCAUCGGCGUGUUCGCCGCCCUGUACGGCGUCUUGGUCCUUUACAUGGUCAACGAGCUAGAUUACAAACGGGUGGCUUUGCCCGAGGACGAAAUGGCCCUCGCCAGUUCCGAUUAAAUCGGAAAUAUUUAAUCUCUAUUAAAAACCUCGAUGUCUAAACUAUAUCAAAUGUGGUGCUUUAAAUGUAGAGUGUGCCGUGUAUCGUAAACUUCGUCGGUAAAACGGUUUAUUUGCAUCGUAAUUGAAAUGCAGCGGCCGCCAGGCGGUCCAGAUCUCGCACCUAUCAGUUAUUUUUGUAAUAUCGCGUCGGUGUCCUUUUUUUCACUACCUGGGAAGUUUACGGUACACUUCUGGCACAAGUAUUUCUCAAACGGUGCUUCGUACAUCAAACCCAAAGUCAAACGGUGCUUAUUCCGGCAAAUGUUGCUUAAAAACUAGUUUUUUUUUUCUCUCGAAGAUUGUGUGAUAUGAUUUGGACUUAAAUAUAUUUUUUAACUAUUUACAAAUAUUUCGUCAGAGCUGUGUGGUGUCUAUAUUUUAGUGGUAGGCUCUUACACGUCUUGCCUAUGGUGAUGUGUUAUUAUUGUUAAUAGUAUUAUUGUGUGGAAUAAAAUAUUGUGGAAUAU